AUGGUCCAAAGGCACCCUGUGAUUCUCCGACCGGAAGGCGGCUCACGUAUUAUUGCCAUUGGUACUACAGGCAUUAUUUGUCAGAACGCUUGCCUUCCAAAUCAGGUAAUUAAGGCCCCCCUCAGACACGACAUUUGCGGGUGUGAUGAAGACGUGGUUAAAACGAUACUGCACGAUGAGGAGUAUGCCAUGUCAUGUUUUGAGCGUGAGCGAACUAUCUACGCUCAAUUGCCAAAAAACAUAAAUAUACUUGAUUGCAUCGCAAUUGAGGAUGAUCGUCUUCACUUCCCCUUUUUGCGACUCGGCAAUCUACGUGACUACCUUGCAAGCCAUAAUAAAAUCAUUGGAAGCCAAUUACGGGAUCAAUGGAUUGAUGCGGCCAUCGAUGCCAUCGCACUAGUCCAUAGAUUUGAGAUUGUGCAUGCCGACAUCAGCACCCGCAAUUUUCUUGUGGCUGACGACCUUUCGAUACGACUUUGCGAUUUCUCCGGAUCAUCGAUGGGCAACCAGCCUUCGCUGGUGGAAGAGGAGGACAGAUAUCGUAUAUCUCCAAAUGCUCCUAGGUCUAUUGCAACAGACAUAUUUGCUCUGGGAUGUUUGAUUUUUGAGAUCAUGACGGGUAACCGCCCGUAUGAUGAAAUCCCAGACGACGCAUGUGAAGAGAUAGAGCGACGUUAUGCUAUUGGAGCUUUUCCUUUGCUCAAAGAGAAUGUCUAUGAGAAAAUCAUUCUCAAAUGUUGGACAUUGCAGUAUGUGGAUGUCAAGCAAGUCAAACAAGACAUGAAAACCAUACGCGAAGAGAAGAUUUCGCACAGUCAUACGGAGAUGACAGUUACGAGCUAUCUGCUAACUGUCACCCCGGUCAUUCUCCUUAUUAGUGGUAUUAUACUCGUGUCAAGGCGUAAGCUUUGGGAUUUGUGGCAUGUAACCAGUUAG